AUGUGGUGCAGCUCUUUUAUGCCUCAGCUCUGGCUCCGGAGGACUAACGAGUCAGACACUGUCAGAUCCAGGAUAGCAGGGGCCACGGGCGGCUGCUUUGAAGUGGGCUGUGAGAUUCUCAUCUACAGGGAUCAGAUGAAGGCACAAAGGAGGAGAGCAAGAGUUCUUAGAGACGACUUCAGACAGAACCCAGUGGAUGUGAUGGUUGCUGUGGGAGAACCUGCCGUGCUGGAGUGUCAGCCCCCCCGCGGACACCCCGAACCCACCAUCUCAUGGAAGAAAGACGGCUCCAGUCUGGACGACAGGGACGAACGCAUCACGAUUCGCAGUGGGAAGCUCAUGAUCACCAACACCAGGAAGAGUGACGCAGGAAAAUAUGUGUGCGUGGGGACCAACAUGGUGGGAGAGCGGGAGAGCGAGAUCGCUGUACUGACUGUUUUAGAGAGGCCGACAUUUGUGAAGCGUCCCAACAAUGUGGUGGUUCUAGCGUACGAGAGUGUGGAGUUUCAGUGUGUGGUUCAAGGAGACCCCGUUCCCACUGUCCGCUGGAGGAAAGAUGAUUCUGACUUGCCUAAGGGCAGAUUUGAAAUCCAAGAGGACCAUACCUUGAUUGUUCGCCAAGUGACCUCUGUGGACGAGGGCUCCUAUACGUGCGUGGUGGAGAACAUGGUGGGCAAGUCAGAAGCAUCGGCCACGCUCACCGUCCACGUAAACAUUGUGCCCCCUGCGUUUGCGAUCCGACCCAGGAACCAGGUGGUGGCAGUGGGCAGGACGGUGACCUUCCAAUGCGAGGCCACAGGCAACCCGCAACCUGCAAUCUUCUGGCAGAGGGAGGGCAGCGAGAGUCUCUUGUUUUCGUACCAACCGCCCCAGCCCUUCAGCCGCCUGUCCGUUUCCCAGAUGGGCAGUUUGACCAUUUCCGAUGUCCAGCGUUUGGACAGUGGCUACUACAGCUGCCAGGCUCUGAACAUCGCUGGAAGUGUGAUCACCAAAGCGCUGCUGGAGGUCACAGACACGGGUUCAGACCAGCCUCCUCCUGUAAUAAAGCAAGGUCCACUGAACCAGACUGUGGCUGUGGACAGUACAGUGAUGCUGCGGUGUCAGACCAGUGGAAGUCCUCCUCCCACAGUCCAGUGGAAGAGGGACGGGGCAUCAGUGUCUCCGGUGGACUCACGCUUGACUCUAACUGAGUCAGGCUCUCUGGAGAUUCGCUACGCAAAGCUUGGAGACACAGGCCUCUACACUUGUGUGGCAACCAGUCCCAGUGGAGAGGCUACCUGGACGGCUCAUCUACAAGUGGAAGAAUUUGGAGUCCCAGUUUACAGCAGCCCGCCCUCCGACCCCAGCCUUCUCCCCAGUGCUCCAUCCAAACCCGAAGUGAUCGACAUCAGCCGCAACUCUGUGUCUCUCUCAUGGAAUUCCCCCGACUCUUCCUCUACAACCUACAUUAUUGAGGCCUUUAGCAACACCUUGGGCAGCAGAUGGGUAACGGUGGCAGAGCAUGUGAAGACACAGACCUAUGUCUUAAAGAACCUGAAGCCUGGGGCCAUCUACCUUUUCAUGGUCCGAGCACUGAAUAACUAUGGCCUCAGUGAUCCCAGUCCCAUAUCUGACUCAAUAAGGACCCACGACGGCAGCUCCACCAUCCUGGGAGUGGAUCACCGGCACAUCCAGAGGGAGCUGGGCGACGUGGUCAUCCACCUACACGCUCCCACUGUGCUGUCCUCCUCCUCUGUCAGGCUGCAGUGGAUGGUGGAGCAGCCCUCUCUUUACAUCCAGGGGUAUAAGGUGCUGUAUCGCCCGUCUGCAGACCACGGCCAGCCCGACAGUCAGUGGAGUGUCCUGGAGGUCAGGGCUCUGCAGGAGGACGGAGUGGUCAUCGAUCAGCUGAAAAAAGCCUCAAUCUAUGAAUUUAAAGUGCGCCCUUUCUUUGACGAGUUUCAAGGAGCCGACAGUGAUGUGAAAGUGGUCAAGACGUUACAAGAAGCCCCAAGUCGAGCACCCCAGGGUGUUACUGUAACAAAGACUGAUGCCAACGGGACCGCUAUCCUUGUUGCCUGGAAACCGCCCCCACAACAGGAAGAAGCCGGACUCAUUCAAGAAUACAAGAUUUGGUGCUUGGGUAAUGAGAGCCGCUAUCAUGUGAACCAGUCAGUGGAUGGAUCAACUCACUCUGCACUUAUUUCAAGUUUGGCCCCUGGAAUCCGUUACAGUGUUGAAGUAGCAGCAAGCAAUGGAGCAGGCCCUGGGGCCAAAAGCGAUGUUACUUUCUUCCAACUUGAUUCGGCAGGCCAGAUGAUGGACAUCACAGAGGCAAGGGACACGCUGUCUCAGAUCUCUGACGUGGUGAGGCAGCCAGCCUUUAUCGCUGGCAUUGGCGCCACCUGCUGGCUCAUCCUCAUGAUUUUCAGCGUGUGGCUUUACCGGCACCGGAAGAAGAGAAGUGGCCUCAGCAGCACAUACACUGGCAUCAGGAAAGUGCCUUCAUUCACGUUCACCCCUACAGUUGCCUAUCAAAGGGGGGAGUCUGUGUGCAGCGCUGGCAGGCCUGGGCUCCUCGGCAUGGGAGAGCCCCUCAACCAUCUGUGGCUGCCUGAAAACUGGCCAAACGCCUGUGCCAAUCACAAAGACUGUAGCAUCAACUGCUGCAACAACGGAAACGGCACCAGUGACAGCAACAUGACAACCUACAGCCGGCCAGCCGACUGCAUUGCAAACUACGGCAACCAUCCAGAGGCCAAGCAGCUCGGUCCAGAUAUGCCCAUUUAUAGCGAUGUCAACUUGGCUAAUAAGCUGAACGACAUAAAGGCAUUUAGUAAUUCAAGUUUGUGCUUUGCAAGUCCAACCGGGUCUGGCACCUAUGAGCCAAUCCCCUAUGCAACGACCCAGCUCAUACAAUCGAACAUUAAGAAUAAACCAACCAUGGGGGGCGCUAUAGGAGAACCAUUGGAUAUGCCUUGCUGGAAGCCUCCUCACCCUCCUCCUAUCCCCAAAGAGAUUGCAGCACAGAUGCAGUACAACAUCAUGGCACAGAACAUGUUCAAUAAAGAACAGCACCCAGGAAGUGAACAAAUCCACCCCAAAACCAUCCCGUACAACCAGAGCUUGGACAACAGCACAGUGGGCUCUCACCACAGCUCUGACAGAGGCAGCAGUGGCACUUCAGGGAGUCAAAAUCAAAAGAAGAUGGCACGUGUUCAGAAGAUUCCAAAGCACAAUGCAGUGAGCUGGGGGGAUGCAGUGUCCGCUCCCAACGCAUGGGGGGACUGUGAUGACUACAGCCUGCCCCUGGAGAACAGUUAUAACCCCGAGGACAGAGCGGAGAGCUGCCCCACUCCUCCGGUCAGGGGCCCAGCCUCGUCCCAUUCUGAAGGAUCACUACCAAUCACCUCUUUGCACAACGGAAAUGAACACCAGAGCCUGGACACUGAUGACCAAGAGGAGGAUGAUGAGGAGUUAGAAGAGGAGGAAGAGGGACUAGAGCCAACAGAGGUCGUUUACAGCCCACACCACAGCCAGCAGCAGCAGAAGACCCAGAGAGCCCACUCCUCUCCAUUGAAACUGCUGCACCCAGGGUUGGAGCAGACCCCAGCGUCCAGCACUGGAGACCUGGAGCACUCAGUGACGGGCUCCAUGGUGAACAGCUGGGGAUCAGCCUCCGAGGACAACAUCUCCUCUGGUCGCUCCAGCAUCAUCAGCACGUCCGAGGGAUCAUUCUUCACAGAUGGGGAUUUCAGCCAGGCGCUGCCCUCCAACCGGGAUUUGGUGGGACUACGAAUGUGCAGAUAUACGGAUGAUGCAGGCCGGAGGCAGCCGCGGCCCAGCAGUCCUCUGUCCACCGACAGCAACAUGAGUCCUGCAGUUACACAUAAGAGGCCUCGCAGACAUAAACCCAACCAGCCUGCGUACGGCUGCCAUCCCAAAGACGUCUUCAGUGACGACACAUGCAUGCCUCUGUCCUUCACCAGCCCAGUGCCCCCUGGUGACUACAGGGCACGAGGGGCCACACUGCCCCGGAUGGGUUCUGGAGAGGCACGAGGCCGAAGAGGAAGCGCUGGCACACCGAGGAUCCGAGAGCCUGAGCAGAGCGAGGGACACGAAAAGCACAAAAAUACAACAGGAGCAAAAGCAAACAGCAAAAACCGACAGCACUCGGAAUUUGGGGAUGUGCCUCUGUACAGUCGCCCCACGUUCCCAUCAGGUCAGACACACAGGUCUGAGUCUGACACCAAGAAAUCAUGCACAUUUAUAAAUGGAGAAUCACGGACCAAACAGGGAGGGGAAGUGUUUGGCUCAACUCAGGCUGGAAGUUCCUGA